AUGACUACCGAAACCGAACUCGUAGGUGAUGAAGACGAUGUUGAUUUUGCGACUUCAACGACUUCUCUAGAAGUUGCUGCUGAAAGUAGAAAGAGGCGGUUGCAAGAAAUGAAAGCAAAGGUCGAAGGUGCUGAAAGUAUGGAAAGACAAACAGACGAAGAUAGUGACGACGAUGGAAAACCAGUUUUGUUUCGUAGUUACGCUCCUCUUGACAGUGGACUGGGUACCAAACGUGAAACUAAAAAUUUGUUUGUUUUGGAAAAAGAAAUUCAGGAUCAGCUUGCAGACACAGAUGAUAUGAGCAUAGUGGAGCGAGUUGAUGUUGGAGUGUUGGCUCCGCGCAAAGUGGAUUGGGACCUUAAAAGAGACGUUGCAGAGCGAUUGCAGAAGCUUGAAAGGCGAACACAAAAAGCAAUAGCCACAUUAAUCAAAGAAAGGCUUUCUAAGGGUCAGACUGAAUUGGUAGAGGCAGUGAAUUCUGGAGCUUAUAGCACCUUUCAAGACGACGAAUGA